AUGGCAAAAUCGGAAUUGCACUAUGUUGGAGGAAACAAGUUUAGUUGGGUUCCUAAUGUUAAUUUGACACAAUGGUCAAUGCAUCAGCAUUUUUAUGUGCAUGACUGGCUAUAUUUUGGAUAUGACAGGCACAUGCACAAUGUGUUGGAAGUGAAUAAGACAAGCUAUGAGAACUGCAUAGACAAAGAUUUCAUUAAGAACAUAACAAGGGGAGGUGGAAAAGAUGUCAUUGAACUGAAAGAAGUGAAGACUUAUUACUUCUUGAGUUCAGGUGGUUUCUGUUGGAAUGGUUUAAAAGUUGCAAUUAAUGUUGAAAAUGUUGCACCAAGUCCAUCACCUGGUUCACCAGGACAUAAUAAAUCUUCAUCUUGUACCAUUGGUAUCAACCAAAAUCUUGUGAUCCUCCUAAUAUUGAUGUGGGGCAUCAUCAUCUUCAAAUGA